UAUUCAAAAGCUAUUUUCACGCCGGUCCGAAUAUGUUAUGGUUAUUCAUGUUCCUGUGAUCUUUAAUGUUGCUUAUUGAUUCAAGAUAGAUGCCUGGAACUUUGAGACUGAUUCGCAGGAAAUUAUUUGCUUUAGUGUAAACUGUAAAGAUUUAUAAGAUCUGUAGCUGAAUCUCUGUCAGAAGAACCAUGGAAAGCCCAGCACCAGGAAAACCACAAAAGCCGCCCAAGGUGGCCAAGGUGAAGAACAAGGCGCCGGCCGAGGUUCAGAUCACCGCCGAACAGCUGCUCAGAGAGGCUAAGGAGCGAGAGCUCGAAAUCGUCGCCAGGCCACCCAAACAGAAGAUCAAUGACCCCGAGGAACUGGCCGAGUACCGCAUGAAGAAGCGGAAACAGUUCGAGGACAACAUCCGCAAGAACCGCGGCCUGAUCGCCAACUGGCUCAAAUACGCCCAGUGGGAGGAGAGCCAGAAGGAGAUUCAGAGGGCGCGCUCUGUGUUCGAGCGAGCGCUGGAUGUCGACCACCGCAACAUCACGCUAUGGCUGCGCUACGCCGAGACCGAGAUGCGCAACAAGCAGAUCAACCACGCGCGCAACCUGUGGGACCGGGCUGUGACGGUGCUGCCGCGCGCCAACCAGUUCUGGUACAAGUACACCUACAUGGAGGAGAUGCUGGGCAACGUGGCAGGCUGCCGGGCGGUGUUUGAGCGGUGGAUGGAGUGGGAACCCGAGGAGCAGGCCUGGCAGACGUACGUCAAGUUCGAGCUGCGCUACAAGGAGCUCGACAGGGCGCGACACAUCUACGAGCGCUUCGUCAUGGUGCACCCGGACGUCAAAAACUGGAUCAAAUUCGCUAAGUUCGAGGAGCGUUACAACUAUAUCGCCAGCGCGCGGCGCAUCUACGAGCGAUCCAUCGAGUUCUUCGGCGAGGAAAACAUGUUCGAGGAGCUCUUCAUCGCCUUCGCCAGGUUCGAGGAAAACCAGAAAGAGCAUGAUCGUGUUCGCGUCAUCUACAAGUACGCACUGGACCACAUUCCCAAGGAGCAGUGUCAGGAGCUGUACAAGCAGUACACCAUUCACGAGAAAAAGUACGGCGACCGCAAGGGCAUCGAAGACGUCAUCGUCAGCAAGCGCAAACACCAGUACGAAACGGAGCUGGAGGCGAACCCGAGCAACUACGACGCCUGGUUCGACCUGCUGCGGCUGGUCGAGUCCGAGGGAGACGUGGAAACCAUCCGCGAGACGUACGAGCGGGCCAUCGCCAACGUACCGCCAACCCGGGAGAAGCGUUUCUGGCGGCGCUACAUCUACCUGUGGAUCAACUACGCCGUUUACGAGGAGCUUGAGGCACGCGAUAUGGAGCGCGCCCGCCAGGUGUACCGCGCCGCGCUCGAGCUGACGCCGCACAAACACCUCACGUUCGCCAAACUGUGGCUGAUGUAUGCCCACUUCGAGAUCCGCCAGAAGGACCUGACGGCAGCACGACGAGCCAUGGGCGCCGCCAUCGGCCGCUGCGCCAAGGACAAGCUGUUCCGCGGCUACAUCGAGCUGGAGAUUCAGCUGCGAGAGUUCGACCGCUGCCGGCUGCUCUACGAAAAGUUCCUCGAGUUUGGCCCCCAGAACUGCACCACCUGGAUCAAGUUCGCGGAGCUGGAGACACUGCUGGGAGACGCGGAGCGGGCGCGCGCCAUCUACGAGCUGGCCAUCAACCAGCCGCGACUGGACAUGCCGGAGAUCCUGUGGAAGAGCUACAUCGACUUCGAGACGGAGCAGGAGGAGUUUGACCGCACCCGGCAGCUGUACGAGCGGCUGCUGCAGCGCACGCAGCACGUCAAGGUUUGGAUGUCGUUCGCGCAGUUCGAGCUGCGCCUGGCGGCGGACGGCGGCGCCGCUCAGGCCCGGGCCGUGUACCAGCGGGCCAGCGGCGCGCUCCGUCAGUCCGAGGAGAAGGAGGAGAGACUCAUGCUGCUAGAGGCCUGGAAGAACUUUGAGGAGGAGCACGGCUCCGAAGAGACGCUGCUUCAGGUGCAGAAGAUGAUGCCGAAGAGAGUCAAGCGCAGGAGGAAGAUCGUCACAGAUGACGGGGAGGAGACGGGCUGGGAGGAGUAUUUCGACUACAUCUUCCCGGAAGACGAGGCGGCGCGGCCCAACCUCAAACUCCUGCAGAUGGCCAAACUGUGGCGCAAACAGCAGGAGGAUAGCGACGCGCCGGGGACGGAGACGGGGGCCGGGGAGGCACAGGCAGAGACAGAGACUGGCGGUCCCGGGGAGGAGGCCGGAGGGAGCUCACCCGCCGGGGAGGGGACGGGAGGGAGCUCACCCGCCGGGGAGGAGGCGGGAGGCACCCCUCCCGGCACUCCGCCCCCGCCCCCGGGCGCGGAACUACCUGAGGAUAUCGACCGCGACGACCCGGGCUCGUCCAGUGACUCGAGUAGUGAGUCAGAGGAGGGCCCCGGGACGUGAGAGGUUCAGAGUCGCUGGGCGGUGACUCCCCUCGGGUGCCGCCGAGCUGUUGUUUUUAUACAAGUGUCCGUGUGCCGCGCCGUCGCGUCUUCGAAAUACAUGCCGCCGAUGUUG